AUGAAGUCCUUCGCCCCUUUGUCUCUUGUCUCCCUGGCUCUGUCCGCCAUGGCUGAUGCCUCCACGAUCCCGGCUAACGGUGCCCUCAACGCUCGCGGUGUCCAAACCUGCGACCAGUGGGGCACAACCACCACCGACAAGUUCAUCCUCUACAACAACCUCUGGAACAAGGGCAAGGACCCCAACGGCUGGCAAUGCACCACGCUCGACUGGAGCAACGGAAACGCCCUCGCGUGGCGCACCUCGUACUCGUGGGGCGGCAACUACAAGAACGAAGUGAAGAGCUACGCCAGUGCCUCGCUGAAGUUCACCCCUCAGGUUCUGAGCACUGUUAAGAGCAUCAAGUCCGACUGGUCAUGGAGCUACUCUCACAACAACAUCGUCGCCGAUGUCUCGUACGACAUGUUCCUUACUCCCACUCCUGGCGGAAACGAGGAGUUCGAGAUCAUGGUGUGGCUUGCUGCCAUCGGAGGUGCCGGCCCGAUCUCCAGCACCGGAAGGCCCAUUGCUACCGUCUCUCUCAACGGUGCCGAGUGGGAUGUCUGGGUCGGUCCUAACGGUCAGAUGACUGUGUACAGCUUCGUCGCCAAGUCGACCAUCAACAAGUUCGGUGGUGACCUGUUGGACUUCUUCAAGUACCUUAUUGAGCACCAAGGUCUGCCCAGCAACAAGUACUUGAAGUCCGUUCAGGCUGGCUCUGAACCCUUCAUCGGUGCCGCCGACUUGACUGUUUCCAACUACUGGAUUGAGCUUCUCUAA